UUAUAUGUAAAAAACUAGUUCAGAUCUGUUUCAUUCAAAUUUCAUGUAUCUGAUUCACUCAAUUUGGUCCUGUUUUGAACCCACCACGUAAUAAUCAUAUCUCCAACCCCUCUUCUUCACUUCCUUGGCCAUCUUCGUUCUCAGAUUCAGUCCUUACUUUUGCUCAAGCUAGCUGCCUGUAAGCUUGCUAAUAAGCAAUCCACGCAAAGCUGUGUGACUUUGGGCGUAUCGCCAACAUUUUCUGGUUGUUGAAGCUCAAAAAGUCGUGAUUUUUACAGAGUAUUUUGCAUGGUAUGACAGUGAGCUAAAUUAGUUAGCCUUGACAGCCGCAGCAGCUAGAGCAUCAGCAUUAGAUAAGAGAUGGCCUAUUUCCGAGCAUUUUGGAACAGUCCUGUUGGUCCAAAAACAUCACACUUUUGGGGACCUGUUGCCAAUUUUAGAUUUGUGGUCGCAGGGGCAGCAGACAUGAAUAAACCUCCUGAAAUGAUCUCUGCCAACAUGACAUCAGUAAUGUGUAUAUAUUCAGUACUGUAUAUGAGAUUUGCGUGGAUGGUUCGACCACGCAACUAUCUGCUGCUUGCUUGUCAUGCUUCCAACGAGACCGUACAACUCUCUCAAUUCUACCGCUGGGCAAACGCCAACGGGUACUUGUCAAGGAAGAAGGAUGAAGCUGCCUCUAGGUAAAAUUGAUGCUGAUUUUGAACGUAUCAAUACAAUACUCUUACCAAGGGAACCAUGUGGAAAUGCGUUUGAUCAUUAAAUUGCAAGAAUGAUUUGAUUGUAUGUAAUUUUUCCCACAUUAACUGGUUAUUCAUGAAUCACAAGUAAGCCGUAAAGUGAUUUUCAUUGUUGGUUUUGUU